GAAAUCAUGCACGUGCAUAGAAUGUGCUCUCUGUAACCAGCAGCAACAGGACGAUUGAUUCAAUAUUUAAUCACAGAAACAAUCAAAUAUAAUGCUUAUUGGUCAAAUGAAACGUGUAAACGGUUAUUACUAUUGUCGUGAUGACCGACAAUAACUCAGCACGCAGUGACAGCUUCUUUAAAGCACAUAAUCACAGCUAUCUAGUGUUAACUAGCUGAUUAACGUGGUGAUGGCGGCUCUCUCCUCUCUCUCCUCUCUGCUGGGUUCAGCUGCUCGUCUCGGUCUCCUCACACCGUCACCGUCUCUGACACCGUCUCGGUUCCGGUGUUGGGAGCUCGCCGUUUGCAGACGGAUAAAAUGGCUCUCCCUGUCCGUCCAACGGUGUUACUCGUCGGACACUUCACACUCAUCAGUUGAUCCCCUCAGCUCUGGACUUGAGAGGUACAAGGACUUGCAGAAGUAUUUCAACAGGAGACUGAAGGCAACGAACCGCAGGUUCUCCAACAUACCUGAUCACUCAGCGGUCUGUGGACACCACCAUGUGUAUUUCAUUGAGGGUGAUGGCAUCUACAGAAUGGACCAGAGACAAAGUGAGCCGGCGCCAGAGCAGGUGCUAAAUCUAGGACAAGUCUCUGGACAGGAGGAGAAGACAGGACUUGAUAAUGAAGAGAGGAAGCAGAGGAUUCAGUGGACCGUCCAGAGAAUACGUCUGUCCCCACAGGAAAAGCAUCUGGCUGCCACGCUGAAAACUACUCACAGAGAAGAACUGAGGUGUGUGGUUGUGAGGCUUGGAAAGAGAGAUUUCUCUCCUCUGGAUCCCCCACAUGUCGUAUUCACACUGGACAAAGUCUUCAGCUUUGAGUGGGCCACAGACGAGGUCCUGUUUUACACGACUCUGGAGGGUCUACGCUGCAGUGGAGUGUUUCGGCUGGACCUGACCUCCAGCGGAAGCAGGAUAACUUCUGUGUAUGAGGAAACACAUCCCGAUGUGUUUGUGGAGGUUGCCCUUUCCAGAGACGGACAGCUACUGAGCAUCAACUGCAACAGCAGGAGCAGUUCAGAGGUGCUGCUGAUUGAUAGAACAACAUCCCAUUUAGAGCCAUUCCUGGUCCAGCCACGCCAGCUGGACCUCCUGUACCACGUGGAGCACUGGAGAAAGUGUCUGAUUAUACUGACUAAUACAGGGCUUGGACAAGAAUAUCAGGUGGUACAGGCCCCUCUCUCAGAUCCAUCCAUGGUCUCCUGGGUGCCUUUGUUUUCCCCUGAACCUGGCACUGUGCUCAAAGACAUGGACGUGGUCGGAGACCACUGCGUGAUGGUCGCGAGAACGCCGGCCGGUGAACUCGCCCUGAUCAUAGUCCCACUGACCCGUCCCAAGGAGGCAUACGCUGUACAGCUCCCUUCCUGGGCCUGUGCCAUCCAAACCAAGAAACCAGGCAUGGCAGACCAACGCAGUGUGUUGGAGUUCUGGAUUUCAUCUCCAGUCCACUUCCCAGUGCCCUACUGUCUACACCCUGAGGACGGGCUACUUUUAUCAGGCACCAAAGAUGGGUCCUCCCCAGAGAACCAGGGCAAUUAUACCACCACGCGUUUAGAGGCCCGCAACCAGGACGGUACCUUGGUGCCAGUGACACUGUUUCAUUCAGUACCCGUGGAGGGUUUGAGUCAGGCGCCACUACUGGUCCAUGUCUACGGAGCUUAUGGCCGAGAUCUCAACAUGGAGUUCUGUCCAGAGAAAAGGCUGCUGCUGGAGCAGGGCUGGGCUCUGGCCUACUGCCACAUCAGAGGGGGAGGAGAGCGGGGUCUGUCCUGGCAAAGACAAGCUCGUGUGGAGGGGAAGCAGAGGGGAGUGGAGGACCUCCAUGCCUGUCUCCGUCACCUUUUCUCUUUAGGAGUCUCCUCUCCGUCACUCACUGCCCUCACAGCCUGCAGUGCUGGGGCUGUGCCAGUGGGAGCGCUGUGCAACAGACACCCACACAUGAUGCGGGCUGUCACACUGCAGGCUCCUUUCCUGGAUGUGUUGGGAACUAUGGAGGAUCCCAGCCUGCCUCUAACUGUGGAGGAUAGAGAAGAAUGGGGGAACCCAGUAGAAAACCCAAAACAUAGACUCACCAUCUCCUCCUACUGUCCCCUUCACAACAUUACCCCUCAGUGCUACCCGUCCAUUCUGCUGACGGCCUACAGCGGUGAUGCCAGGGUUCCUCUGGCAGGUGUCCUCAAAUACACCGAGCAGCUAAAAAACGCCAUCCAUACACACUUCACCAUGACAUCAAAGUCAGAACGUGAACCAGCACCAAACGUAGUACUGAAUAUCCAACCUGGAGCAAAUCACCUAGGACCAGAAGACUUUGAGCUGAUGCUGGAGGAGGAAGCCCUCACGCUAGCAUUCCUCUACACAGAGCUGGGCCUGGACCCUCCUCGGCCUCCACGUAGGAGGAAGAAAUAGCAGUCAGCUAUCAGGAGGCAGUCAGGAAUCUAAAAACAAACAUCUGCCAUCACCACGACAACUAUGAGGACACAACGAGGCCCAAAUAUUAAACGAUACCAUUGAAAGAGAAGACAGCAUCAUCAGUGAAUGUACCUCUUUAUUAUGACAGAGGAGGACGAUUGGAUUGCUGCUGUGAACGGCAAUAAUAACUGAAUGCCAUUAUCUAUUCAUAUUAGCAUUUAUAAAGUAUGUCUACGACACUCAAAUAGCAGGCCUUCUCAGAGACGUAGCACCGUCCGGGGUGGUUGGGGUUGAACCGGGUGUGGGUGGAGUACUGAAUCAACAAACCCUCUCCAGCCUCCGUCGGGAUGCCAGACUUUCGUAACUCCUUGCCGUCGUUGACUCGGUUUGUGCUCAUCAGCACCUUCAGCUGGUCCGGUAACUCUGGAACGGAGGAGAGAUCUGUGACGGCAGAUUCUUCACCAAAGUUAAGCACCACGAGGAAAGCCCGGUCGAUGCCGUCCAGCUCUCUGAGGUAGGAGAAGACGCUGGCAUCAGCGUGGACGUAGCAGAACCAUCCACGGUGAAGGGGGAGCUCCGACUGGCGCAGGGUGUUCAGGAAACGGUACUGAGCCAGAACAGACCCUUCAUCUUUCUUCUGGACCUAGAAGAGUGAGAAGAGUGGCAAGGGGAUACACGGUGUUAAAUAAAAAGAUCAAGCACUGGC